AUGGAGAGACAGGUUGUGGACAGCGUCGACUGUGAUUCCCUGACAAGAGAACACCAUCAGCUGGGCAAGAUGAUCUCCAGAACAGUGAUGAUGGUGCUGGUGGCGGCCAGCGUCCUAGGGGCAACCCUGGCCGGUCCUGUGGCAGCACCAGGAGGGACCAGCUAUAUUGUCAGUAGCUCUGGAUAUGGUGGCUACGGCGGAUAUGGUGGCGGCUACAACAGUGGAUAUGGCCGGUUUGGCGGAUAUUAUGGUGGUUUAGGCGGAUAUCGACGGGGAUAUGGCAGCGGUUUUGGUGGAUAUGGAGGUCCAUAUGGACGACUAGGUGGAUAUGGCGGACAUGGUGGCUACGGCGGAUAUGGAUAUGCAGGAGGAUACAGUGGUGGAUACGGAUAUGGACGUGGAUAUGGCCAUUGA